UAUUUUAUCUGUAAUAUUUAUGGUAUUGUUCUCCUGUCUUUGCUACAUUUUACGUCUUUCCUUUUCCGGUUCUGCAUCGAAGCUGUAACCAUGCCGCUCGCUGUUGAUCUUUUGCAUCCGUCGCCCGCGUCGGAGAGGAGGAAACACAAGCUAAAGAGGCUGGUGCCGCAUCCAAACUCAUAUUUCAUGGAUGUAAAAUGCCCCGGCUGCUACAAAAUCACAACAGUUUUCAGUCACGCGCAAAGGGUAGUGGUGUGCGCUGGUUGUUCAACAAUCCUUUGCCAGCCUACUGGUGGUCGAGCUAGGUUAACCGAAGGUUGUUCGUUUAGAAGAAAACAACAUUAAGUUAUCCUUGAGAGAAGCCCUAAUUUAAGAUUUGCAUUUUAUUUCCAGUUCUGUGAACGAAUUAUACUUUUACUAAUUCAUUAAAAUGGAUCCAUUAAAGCGUGAAUAAAGGCUUUUUCGAAAGGA